AUGGUUACAAUGACUAAUGCUCCCUUCGGCAGAGAUGGCUCCAAGAGACGCCGCUUGAGCGUGUCGAUGCCUGAUGUCGGCUAUGUAUCCGCUCCGGAUGGCGAUGUUCCUUCUCUAGCACCCUCGGUUGCCAUGAACGUUCCUACGGAAAUUCUCCAGCAGAUUUAUCGGCUCCUCAGCCCUGUAGACUUUAACUCCGCCCGUCACACGUGCCGCACUUGGUUCUCCGCUUCCUACGACCGAUCGCUGCUGAUACAAAUGCUUAAGCGUGGAGGUUGGUGGACCAGUGUGCUUCGGAUUCUUGCCCCGCCUGAGACGUCCUCCGUCGAGGACAACGACCUGAGGAUCAUGAGCAAAUGGAUCUCCAGAGAAACGACGCUCUCGGACAUCUCUCGGAAUGCCUUUGUAGAAGUUGGUCAGACAGAUUUCAGUGGGCUUAUCCCUGGAUCGACUCCGAGGUCGCUCCAUGGCGCCAUCUCGUUUGCUGCCAGCCUCUGCGGCCGAUUCCUGCUCGUCAUGAUUGACCGUAGAGCAUAUGUAUAUGAGCUCAACCAUACGUGCUCUCCGGAGUACUUGGGAUGGUCUACCCCGGGGUCUGGGCGACAGGGGUUUGGACUGGGUUCUCUGCGGCCUGUGACCGUGAUCGUCUGUCCCGCGCCCAUCAUUAGCUUCAGUAUGGAUACAUCAGCUGGUAGAAAUGCGGUAGCCUUUCUGCUCGAGGGCCGUGCUGGACUGGUCCAAGACCUUUCGCUGGAAAAGUUGGGGGUUCGCGGAAGCAACGGCGUAUUUUAUCCCUCCGCAGGCGUCGAUUCUCAGACGUGGUCAGGGUCGAGCUCCGCAACCAGCUCUUCCGAAGGGUAUGACUGUAUUUGUCGCACAUCACCCCCUUCACGACCCUUGCUGGCAGAGAAUGGUUCCAAGGCAGUGUACAGAUACAUCUGCCACCCCGAUGACCCACCUCGCUCCGUGGCAUUGUGCCCACAGCGGAGCUGUGUUGCCUUUGGCGACUUCCUAUACUUCCUCCCACUCCGUCGAGGCAUUGACAGUGCAAAGAAGCUUCGGCUCAUCAGCUCUGCCGCCGGUAUCGGGAGCCCGAUGAACGAUGCAGCCAGGUACAUUCAUGGGUUCAGUGAACCACCACUCGGAGUGAUUAGGACCUCGUUUGUGUCUGUAGCAGCGCCCAAUCGUGGGCACCUAACGGCCCGGGAGGUGCAUACAAUAACAGCAAGCGUUGACCAGCAGCGGCCUGUCAUCCGCAGCAGGGAUCUUCUAGAGAGAAUGAUGCCAGGACCAUCGCACGAUGCCUUGCUGAGGAAGGUGUCGGCAAGGAGUGCGGACCAUUACCGAGCUGUCCCUCUCAGUGACGGCUACCACAUUUUGUUCACAGAUCCCCGGACUGGUAACCUCUGCAUGGGAACUGACGCACCAGUCGGAUCAGUCACUCGCCUGAUUCGCAAAGUCUGGUUCGCGCCUCCACCGAGAGCAGCAUCACCAGUGCCACUACUCUAUACAGCUGGCUCCGAUGUACGGCACGGGGUUCGCAUCAUUGCCACAUUUUCCCUCAUGCAAGAUGGGAAUAAGGAAGAGGGGGAGGGUGGAAACGGGAAGGACGCUACUAGAGAGGGGAGAGUGGAGGAUAGGCAACUUAUUGUGUUCUACACAAUACCACCUGAUAUGUUUCAUGACAUCUCCCGGGUUGGGCUGAAGACACACCUGGCGGGUGGGACUGGAAGGCUCUCGAGGGACUCAUUAGCUUCUGAAUGGGUCUGGUGGCGCGUGGAAGAGACAUAUCACGAGAUUGAUAUUUUUAGCGACCCGUUCAAAGACAGCACUGUAUAUCCCCUGGAGGUCCGUGGACAAGUCGUUGCAGAGUGCAGCAACCUUGUGGAAAUUGCCCUGGACGCAAGGCUCGAGAUGAUAAUAUGGGCAUUUAGCGCGGAAGGAUGGGCCCGGACGUGGGUCAUGGACACGGGCAGGGAUGGGCCCUGUAUCAAAUCUGUGGUCCAGCGCGACGGAAGCCUGCGUUAUCUCGACCAAGAUGGAGAUGUGACGAUGGCCGACGCGGAAGAAGAGGGCAGGGGCAGCGCGAAGGUCACAUCGGACGGCGACGGGUGUGCGUCAGGAUUCGACGGCGGCCCUUCGUCUCACUGGACGAGUGCGCCGGCGGAACGGAUCAGCAGGUACGCAACGAGCUGGAUGGGAGACAGGAUGAGUGGCACGGUCAGCGUGGACUUGGCUGAAGAGGUGAAUGGGAUCUCUCGGGUCGACGUGGAGCUGAGGUGA